UAGUUAGUUCAUGGUCGUAGCCAAAAAAUAUUUUUACGGAUGACGUUGAUACGGUAACGUCGUCGGAAAAACGUUGCGUUACGGUUAUAAUUAUAAUCAUUGCGACUGACGCGUUCUGACGGAUUCUGUGUAUACAGAGCCUUCCGACGGACGGAUUGUGCAAUGGAGAAUAUAUUCCACGAGAAGCAAGAGGGAUACCUGUGCGCUCAGCAUUGCUUGAACGCACUUUUACAAGGACCCUACUUCAACGCUGUCGAUCUGGCGAAUUUCGGUCACCAAAUGGAUGAGGAGGAGAGAAUACGCAUGGCGGAAUCGGGCGUAGACAGCGAAGAUUACAAACUCUUCCUGGAGCAACCAUCGGGCAACAUGGACGACAGUGGAUACUUCUCAGUUCAAGUUAUUAGCAGUGCUUUAAAAGUUUGGGGUUUAGAACUGGUUCCAUACAAUUCCAGCACGGAACCAACGGCUUUACUGGCACAAAAUGAUCCUUCGCGGAUGAGAGCAUAUAUUUGUAAUUAUAAAGGGCAUUGGUUUACAAUAAGAAAGCUCGGAAAUCAAUGGUUUAAUUUAAAUUCAAUGCUCAAUGGACCGCAGCUUAUAUCGGAUACUUAUCUCGCAAUGUAUUUAGCUCAAUUAUUACAGGAAGGUUACUCUAUUUUUAUCGUUAUUGGUACAUUUCCACAAUGUCCUGCUGAAGAUAUUCUUCUGAAAAAUCCUAUAGUUGCAACGAAAAGUAAUCUGAAUAGCGAUGAUUCAAAGACCUCACCCAAAGGUUAUCGCUUAGGUACCAAAGCAGAAGAUGAUAUCUUCAAAGCUGCGCUUGCAAUGGGAGAAAUAGAAGUCCCACAGUCCUGUCUUAUGACCAGAAGUGCAUCCACAUUAUCACAUAAAUCUGAGUCAUCUACAAACAAACCUCGCGAAAGGAUAAUUCCCAUAGAAAUUGAGAGUAGAGAAGAGGAUAGCGAUGAGGAGGAGGAUGAAAAAAUGCAAUUAGCAAGAGCUUUACAAAUGAGUUUGCAAAAUGAUGAGGAGGAUGUAAACAAGACCUUAAACUUGAGAUUAGACCUUCAUACAGACGAUAGUACGCAUUUACCGAGUUCGGCAGAUAACGCGUUAAACGACGAGGAUGACGAACUGAGACGAGCGUUGCAAUUGAGUCUUGAAUGUGUGACUGCCCCACCAACACCUGAUCCAGAAGAUCUACGCUGGCGUCGACUGAAUCAUUUUAAUAUGUACACGAGAACGCCCAACAACGAAGCCCCCGCGAAACUAAAUACUUAACAAUAAGCACAAACUUUUUAUGUUAAACUCGACGCUGCAUUGUAAAUUAUAUAAUAGUUUAAGCUCGGAAAAAGUAUGUCAUUUUGUAUACUAAUGUUAUAACGAUAAGAAAGGCAUCUUAUUGUAAAUGAAAUUGACUAAAGGUAUAUUUCUGGUUUCUCGAGGCUGUAUGUAGCUCUCGUUACUGUGUCUCUUUUUCUCUCAACUUUGUUAUACUAAUCGUUCUCUAAAUAAAAACGUUUGAACAAGGAA